AUGUCACAGCAACCUAGAUUACUGGCUGACCAACGCCAGUCAGCGCUUACCAUAUUCCUUGCGCUCAUCCAGCUCUACGGCCCGGGGCAGACUUCAGAGUACGGGUACAAACCUGCUUCUCUUGCUCUGGCUUUCUAUGACUACUCUUUAUGCGGAGAUUCAUUCUUGAUGCUUUUCUUCUCAUUCAUAUGCCAUCUUCUGUGCUCCCAGACAGCUGGAACAUGCGCCUCCGAUAUCACAGUCUAUUUGCGCUACUUUGACGACCUCGAAUCAUGGAGUCAAGACAAGCUGGAAAACGCCAAGAACGCCAUCGAGGACUUUGCGGAGCAUAUCAUUCAACACCUGCUUCUCCCACUCAGGGUUUUAUCGCUCGACAUGCCACAGGCCACACAUCCAGCUCAACCUUCUUCGCAAUCCCCUACAACAGAGAGCUUAAUACGACAACUAUAUGCUGUGGGAGCAAGCUGCCUGUUACGUGACAAUCAGCAGUGUGUGAUUUCUCACAUACUUGCUGAGGCCGAACCACAAGACUGUGCGGAUUACAUGGAUAACGACGAAACCCUUCUCCGCACUGAACCUACAGACCAGUUUGAGCCCAUGGAAAUCGCCCACAUACUACCUCGCUCUCUGGCGACCAUCACCGCUGAUAACGCGGAACUGAGUAACUCGCAGAAUGCUACUCUCCAGCUUUUGGAUAUAUUAGAUCCCACGAUGACCCGUUUCAUCGAAAACGGGAAGCUCGAUACCCUCGUCAACGCUCUAACCAUGACGCAUCAUUACCGUCGACUAUUCAACGCAUUUCAGAUAUAUUUUGAACCUACUGGUAAUUUCCCUUACGAGUUUAAGAUCCAGUCAACAGCGCCGACUUCGUCCUCUCUACAUGAUGAUCCUUUGUUUCCGGUCGUCCGCACCCUAACCUUCGACUCGGACUAUAGUAGUACCAUUGACCUGCCGUCUCCUCAGUUGCUCGCUGUUCAUCGUGCAAUCGCGCGGAUUAUGGAGGUUAGCAAUGCGGGACCAUACGUGGAAGAUACUCUUCGCGACAUGGAGGAGGGCAAUGUACGAGCAGAUGGGCAGACGAAUCUGCGAGUCAUGAUCAGGCUGUGGCUGGGUGGCUGGAGAGAUAGAUUGGCUGUUUUGAUAGAGUGCUUGUCUCUGGCGUUUGGGUUCUGGGUAUUACGUGAGAUAGACAGACAGAAUGAUUGA